AUGUUACAGCUGCACGGUGCAGUCCCCAAGAAAAUCGCGCCCUUUUUAUUCCGCUGCACAGUGCAGAUUUCCCGCGCGAUCUCCCGAUACAGCCAACGAUGUGAGGAAAGAUUGCACAGUGCAAUCCCUUCAGUGCCGCACCGGUCGGUUGUCGCAGGUUUCAAUGACUUGCAACAGUCAAAAAAAAGUGUCGCAAUCCUUCCAUUGAACACAGUUGUGACUUGAGCGUUGCGACAACCGCGACACACUGUCGCAUCGCCAUUCGAAGCGCGACACGACAGUUUGUCGCAAAGCUUUGCACUUGCGACAUUGCGAUUUCCAUUGGGAUGUCGCCGAGUGCAAGCGACUGUCGCAGACCUUGUCGCUUGUCGCCCAAUUCUCGGCGCAACAGCGAUUUCUUCAAACUGCACUGUGCAGUUUUGUAACAUUCUUUUCGGGAAAGACUGAUACAAAUUGGUGGUGGAAUUAUUUUUCAAGCUGCUAUUUAUUGUAUUUACUCUAGUCCUACCCAAGCCUUAUUAUAAAUUAAGCUUUAGGCUUAGCUUUAGUUUAGCUCUAUCUUAAUCAUAAUUUUUAGUUUGAUCUUUAACCUAAGCCUGACUUUCAUCCAGUGCUUAAGCUCGUGCUUGAACUUGAGCCUGAUCCUGAGCUUGAGCCUAAGCCUAAGCCUAAGCCUAAGCCUAAGCCUAAGCCUAAGCCUAAGCCUAAGCCUAAGCCUAAGCCUAAGCCUAAGCCUAAGCCUAAGCCUAAGCCUAAGCCUAAGCCUAAGCCUAAGCCUAAGCCUAAGCCUAAGCCUGAGCGUGAGCCUGAGACUGAAGCUGAACCUGAGCCUGGGCCUGGGCCUGAGCCUGAGCCUGAGCCUGAGCCUGAGCCUGAGCCUGAGCCUGAGCCUGAGCCUGAGCCUAAGCCUAAGCCUGAGCGUGAGCCUGAGACUGAAGCUGAACCUGAGCCUGGGCCUGGGCCUGGGCCUGAGCCUGAGCCUGAGACUGAAGCUGCACCUGAGCCUGAGCCUGAGCCUGCGCCUGCGCCUGAGUCUGAGCCUGAGCCUGAGCCUGAGCCUGUGUUUUAG